GUGGUGUGUGCUGAUUGGAUGCGGUGAGCGUCGCCCCGCCCCUUGAGACCCGUCUUAAACAGACACGGUGUUUUUGCUGCUUGUAUUCCACCCGACGGGGAGCUGAAGGGAGACUGUAGUCUGUAGAGAUGGAGUGGCGGUCAGUAGCAGUGUUGGGGUUGACCCUGUGUGUGGUGUACGUGAGCGGGUUCCCUGCAGAAUUCUCACAGGACGGGAAGAACUGGGCUGUGAUCGUGGCCGGAUCCAACGGCUGGUACAACUACAGACACCAGGCUGAUGUUUGCCACGCGUAUCAGAUCCUCCAUAAGAAUGGAAUCCCUGACGAGCAGAUUGUGGUGAUGAUGUAUGAUGAUCUGGCUCAGAAUGAGGAAAAUCCUACUAAAGGAAUCAUCAUCAACAGGCCGAACGGUACGGACGUCUAUAAAGGCGUUCUGAAGGACUACAUCGGCGACGAUGUGACUCCUCAGAACUUCCUGGCUGUGCUGAAGGGCGAUUCAGCCAACGUGAAGGGAGGAUCUGGAAAAGUGCUGAAGAGUGGCCCCAACGAUCACGUGUUUGUGUACUUCACUGAUCACGGUGCUCCUGGACUCCUGGCCUUCCCCAACGAUGAUCUUCUUGUCAAAGACCUGAUGGACGCCAUUCAGUACAUGCACAAAAACCAGAAGUAUAAGAAGAUGGUGUUCUACAUCGAGGCGUGUGAGUCUGGCUCCAUGAUGAAGCCUCUGCCUGUGGACAUCGAUGUUUAUGCCACAACUGCCGCGAACCCUCACGAGUCGUCCUACGCCUGUUACUACGACGAGGCCAGAGAAACCUAUCUGGGAGACUGGUACAGCGUUAACUGGAUGGAGGACUCAGACAAGGAGGAUCUGACUAAGGAGACGCUGGCUAAGCAGUUUAAAAUCGUUAAAAGCCUCACCAACACCAGCCAUGUCAUGCAGUACGGAAACAAGACUCUGUCUCAUAUGAAGGUGAUCGAGUUCCAGGGUAACUCUCUGGGCGGAGCUCAGGCUGCUGAGCCCGUAUCGUUGCCCCCGGUUACGGAGCGUGACCUCACACCCAGCCCGGACGUCUACCUGUCCAUCCUGAAGAGGAAACUCAUGAAGACCAAUGACAUCACCGUCGCCAGGGGAUACCUGAUGGAGAUCAGUGCCCACCUGAAGGUGCGUAAGCUGCUGGCGGACACCAUGCGGCUGGUGGCUGAGCGAGUGGUGGGGGAGCAGCGGGAGGUCCAGAACGUUCUGGACGAGCGCCAGGAGGUCACCCAGCAUGAGUGUUACAGAGACACACUCACACACUUCAAAACACACUGCUUCAACUGGCACAACCCGCAGUACGAAUACGCUCUGAGGCACCUGUACGUGCUGGUCAAUCUGUGUGAGAGGGGACACGGACCCCAGAGGAUCAUGGCGGCCAUGGAGAAGGUCUGCUACUUCAGACAGUAAAGACGUCCUGACGCUCCCCCACAGGCCGAGUGGAGCUGACCGCUGUGACCCGCCUGGUGGAGUUUUGCCGGAUGAUCUUGCUUUUUGCACAAAGGAAUCAAAAUCUGAGAUUUUAUUUGUUCUUAUGAACACACUGCAAUCACACUAUUUUUUUUUUUGCUUUUGAUAUUUUUGUUUCACAGAGCAAUUGUUUUAAGGAGAAUUGCACUAUUUUAAAAAGAUACUUUGUUUUUCUGAGAAUGUGAAUAUUUUAGUUGUUUGGAAUUUGGACAUAAAUGGUCUCUUAGUGGGAAAAGGUCAUAAUUGCAAGUGCAAAGUAACCUCAGACGCUAAACUGGCCAUAAAACUGACCUAAGAUGCUAAAGUGGGCGUGGUCAACACCGAAUUUAGCCUGUUAGAGCCGUCAUACUGAUACAUACACUGACCCUCUUGCUUAUAAACACUUUCAUGUUUACUCUGCUGCCUGAUGGAUUUUAGCGCCAGAGCUCAAUAGUGGUUGUAUUAGGUAUUGCAUUCAUUUAAGCUUUCAGAAACCAAAUGUGUGCAUCAGUUCCACAUGAACAGAUAGUAUAUAUUACAUAAACACAUUUAUGAUUUCAACUGACUAACCUUUUCAAACUAGUGUGCUGUUAUAUUCAUGUGGAGCUGAUUACACAUUUGAAUCAGUUCAGAUCAGAAACUAUUUUUUUCAGUGUGUUUGCUUGUCGUAUCGCCGCAGGAGACCACAUUUUGAGUUCAUAGCUUUUAUAAAGUUUUAUUGGAAAAGGAAAUGUAGCUUUUUUCUGUUUGUUUGUUUUAAAUCCGUAUUUGGGAGAGCUCUCCUUCUGCUGCGGUGCUGAUCACUGUUUGAGUUCUGACGCUGCUGAAGCCUUGAAUCUGCCUGUAUUACUCAUUUCACAGAAACAGCAUGGAUACGUGAUAAAAACGCCUAAAAACUUCCACUAACGUAUGUGAAGCUGCAUGUGAGUGACGUGGUUUAUAACCUGCAGGGUAUCAAGCCUAAACUGCUGUGUGUUAUAGAUACUUUAUAGGUAAUAACAGUAAUAAUUCAUUACAUAGUCAGUCCAUGCAGGGCCCGAUCAGAGUGGGAGGAGAUUACAGGCCCUAAACCAAAGCAGUCUGACGUUAUGUGCUUCUCUCCGUUCAGUUGUGAAACUUACUGAUUAAAGGAAUAAAUCUGAAAACUGAUG